CAGAAAUGGCUGUGGAUCAGAAAAGCCAGGGUGCCGAGCCUGCAAGAGGUGAAGCCUGUGUUAAUAGACCCCCAAGGCGGUGAGGACACAUUGCUUUCUUGUGUGAAAUUAACCAAAUCCCAAGGAAAGAAAGAUAUUGACAUGGCCACCAAGAAAAGCAAAAACCUGAAUGCUAGACCAGAAUCCCUUUCUGCACCCCUCAGUGGAACUCGCAUUUCAAAUGCACACAACCAGGAAGUCCCAGUAUCUCCUUAUGAGAUUGAAGUGCCAGUGUGGGGGAACUUGAAACCGUUCCCAGAAAACCCAUUCUGGGCAAGCACUGAUUUUCCAAUUGGCCAAGGAGGAUACUGGGGCAGCUGUUCCUCUUGUCAGCAUCUUCGUCUCAAAGCUUCUUACACAGACAUGGAUCUCUUAAGUACAUGGCGCAGCAGCAGUUUUGGGAAUUUUGACCGUUUUCGGAAUAAUUCCGUAUCAAAAUCUGAUGACUCAAUUGAGGUCCAUGACAGGGAACUGACAAAUGGAAGUGAAGAACAAAGCAAGACUUCAAGCAGUGGAGGAAGUCUAGGUAAAAAAGUGAGGGCUAUUUCAUGGACAAUGAAGAAAAAAGUAGGAAAAAAAUACAUCAAAGCUCUUUCUGAGGAAAAAGAGGAGGAAAGUGGAGAGGAAGCCCUCCCAUAUCGGAACAGUGAUCCCAUGAUUGGAACACAUACAGAGAAGAUCUCACUCAAAGCCAGUGACUCUAUGGACAGUCUUUACAGUAGGCGGAGUUCAUCAAGUGGAAUAACAAGCUGUUCAGAUGGAACAAGUAAUCGGGACAGCUUCCGACUGGAUGAUGACAGCCCCUACACGGGGCCAUUCUGUGGCAGGGCCAGAGUGCACACAGACUUCACGCCAAGUCCCUAUGACACCGACUCCCUUAAAAUCAAGAAAGGAGACAUCAUAGACAUUAUCUGCAAAACACCAAUGGGAAUGUGGACAGGGAUGCUGAACAAUAAAGUGGGAAACUUCAAAUUUAUUUAUGUGGAUGUUAUCUCAGAAGAGGAAGCAGCGCCUAAGAAAAUAAAGGUCCCCAGGAGCAGGAGAAGAGAGAGCCACCAGACUCUCCAGGAGUUCUUAGAGAGGAUUCACCUUCAGGAAUACACUUCAACACUUCUGCUGAACGGUUAUGAGACCCUGGAUGACUUGAAGGAUAUCAAAGAAAGUCAUCUCAUUGAAUUAAACAUUGCCGAUCCAGAAGACAGGGCGAGGCUGCUGUCUGCUGCCGAGAGUCUCCUGGAUGAGGAGACCACUGCAGAGCAUGAAAAGGAAUCUGUGCCUCUGUCCUCAAACCCAGACAUCUUAAGUGCAUCACAGCUAGAGGACUGCCCGAGGGACUCUGGCUGUUAUAUCUCAUCGGAAAACUCAGAUAAUGGUAAAGAAGAUCUGGAGUCAGAAAAUCUGUCUGACAUGGUGCAGAAGAUUGCCAUCUCAGAAUCCAGUGACUGAACACACACUCUCAUGUCCACACCCGCAGCCGAAUUCCAUUUGAACUUCUUGUAUGCUACAGGAUCGAAUGGAAGGUUUCCAAAUGCACCCCAGAGUGCUAAGUGUUUCAGUCGGAACGAUUGUGCAUGCAAAUUUAUAUUUCUCACCUACCAACGAGUGUGCAUAAAGUGUAUAUUUAUUAAAUACUAUGUGUUAAAGUUUACCUGCCUGUAUUAGAAAAAAGACAUGAUGCAAGCCCAUGUAUGGUAUGUACUGUAUUCAUCUCUAUUUCAUAAGUGUAAAAAAAUGUAGACAUGGAGAUCAUAUACUAAUAUAUAUUAUUGAAUUUUUUUUAUAGAAGAAGUUUUAGUUGAACUAAUUUCUAUAGGUAGAAUAUAUACUCAUUUUUGAAGUACUGGGAAAUUGGAGACUGAGAUUAGAGACUGUUGUCUUCAAAGAUGGAGUUUUAGUAACAAUUUUCUGUUUGUUUCUUCACUCUGUUAUCUGAUAUGCAGAGAGAGUUAACAAUAUAUUGUCUGUUUUGGUCAAGUAAACAUAGUUUU